GCAUCUCGAUGGACUCGAACGUGCCCGUGAGGGUGGAAAGCGAUUGAGAAGCUGCGACUAUAUACACGCUCGUAUCUCGCAAUAACCCCCAAACUUUGACUAUUUUUCGUCCUGGGGGUGGUGUCGGUUCGCUGUGUAGUGGAAAAUGCCCGGGGUUGUGUUCGUUGUGUGCAUUCCAACGGCCAAUUACGAGAGGGAGAUAUUAAAUGGUGGAAAUUAUGGCAAUAAUGAAAUAUUGCCACCUCCGAGCAAUAACUUCAACAUUAGCCCCGCCAAGCAAAACACCUCCGGCGGCAUCAACACGAAUUCACCUGGUUUCUUGAGACUUGAACUGGAGCUACGUGACAAGAAUGCCGCGUCGCCGAGACACAGAGCCAAAUCCCGGACUCCUCCAGUUCCGGAAAAUGUUAAAGUGCCAAUGGAGAAGGUCCUGGAGGAGUUGCUGAAGAAGCUCGAGAUUGAGCAUGUCGUGUGGAGCGUUGAUAAAAAGGGCCACUUUCACCAAGUCAUCUUUCCCUCCGCGUCCGGCGAUCCCUGCGAGACUAUGCUUCAUUGUCUCACGGAGUUGGGAAUUGGAAUUAAACUGGAGUCCAAUGUCAGUGUCGUUCCGUGCUCAGUGACUUUCGAUGCCACAAAAGACGUGUUCGCCGAAGAGGAGCUGAGCGAAGAGGAGCAAUCCAAGUGGGACACCUUUGUUGACUCAAUACGCUCCAAAUUAACUGUUAAGCAAGUUGUCGACGGUGUCAGAGCCGGAGGAUCUCUGUCCUUUGACUAUCUCCUCCUAAUUGUCACAGCUGACUCCUUGGCCGCGCUGGGACUCGUGGAGAAUAAUGCACCCAACAUAACUGCGGCUAUGCUGGUCUCACCACUCAUGGGACCUGUUAUGUCAAUCACGUUUGGCGCCAUCAUUUCCGAUUAUGAGCUCAUGAAAGUUGGUUUCGUAACACUGGCUGUUGGGAUGUUCCUCUCGUUGCUGUUCGGAUUCAUAUUUGGCCUGAUUCUCGGCACAACGGAAAUGCCGUGGGGUUUUGGUGAUUGGCCCACAGAGGAGAUGAAAGGCCGGGGAAAUGCGCGCUCGCUCUGGAUGGGCGUUCUCUGGGCCCUGACGUCCGGAACUGGCGUUGCUGUGGCUCUCCUGCAGGGCUCUGCUGGCCCGCUAAUUGGUGUCGCAAUUUCGGCGUCCCUGCUUCCGCCGGUGGUCAAUUGCGGUCUCUUCUGGGCAUUGGCGUGUAUCUGGCUGAUUUACGACGAUGUCAAAAUGCCACACUUGAAGGGUGAACCCUAUACCGGAAACUCCAGCUACGUGCCCAUUUAUACGGACUAUAUACCAACUGAAUUCUUUGUAAAUGGCAUAGUUUCGUGUCUGCUAACCGUCGUAAACGUGAUAUGCAUCUUUAUCACGGCCAUCAUCGUGCUGAAAAUCAAAGAAGUCGCCUCACCAUACACCUCCAGUCCUGAUUUGAGACGAUUCUGGGAGACUGAUAUACGCACGGUGAGAAAAACAAAUCGCUCGACAAUUCGACGGAAAAAUGCCACGGAAAUAAAUUCAACUUACGAAGAGAUGACUGAGCCGACAAACAAGAAACUUGGAACAGUCCUGGAGCGGGCGCUCAAGGAAGCCGUCGACGAUGACACAUUCAGGAAAGUGAAGAGGAUGAGCUACUCCAGCAAUGCAGCAGACGAGCUUCCGCACAGUCUGGCACUCCCCGCGGGCGCGACUCCCACUGCGAGCAGCGGCAGCGGAAGUGUCGCGGCCGGCGUGAGCGGAUCCAAGACAAUUGGCCAGACGGACCUCGUGACGCUGGAUAAAUUAGUCACGUCGCUGCUGGACCGCAGCGCCAGUCCGCAGUCACGCGGCUCCUUCAGACUCAACCGCCUGCGCUCGCUGUCGCGCUCCACGCGCGGAGACUCGCUGAGGCGCCCCAGCGCGGCUCCGCCCAGCACCACCACCAUCGGCGGCGACCCACUAGCCGGCUCGAUGCCCACGAUUCCGGAAGGCAACCGCACGGCGUCGUGGACGGAGCGAAACAUGCCCGGCGUGCGACAUGUUCUCAGCAGCAUCGCGAAUGCUCCGCACAGAUUCAGCCAGGCGUCUGGAGGCCAUGGCGAGGAGAACACCAGGCUCACGAAGAACACCGAGUGAUGGGAAUUUAUUGAAAUACUUGUAACCAGAGUAUCAGGAGUUUAUCGACUCCCAAUAAGAAAAAGUGGCAAUUUCUAUAAGAUCAAAUUGAUAAAUUUGUCUCACAAUUUAUAGUUCUCCAACACAUGUUACUGAGCGAUUCUCACUUAAACAAGGAAUGUUAAAAAUGUGUUAUCAAACAGUCUUUGCUAUUCUGAGUCACAUAGGUAAGGCUUCAAGUGGCAAAGGUUUAAAAUUUUUAAGCGUGAACAUAAAACAUUGUUUUA